UCCUCUCCGUAAUAUACAACUCUUUGAAAUGGUGGUGCCGGCACAACGAACAGCUGAGGCUAUAAAUUUGCUAAGGGAAGGUAUCGAUAUGUUGUUGGGACGAUGGAGUGCAUUGCAGAUGGCUAUUGAGAACGAAUGGGGCGGUCGUGAUACUCGACAAAAAGCUCAACAGCUUGCUGUUGAUAUCUAUCACAGGCUCAUUCGACCUGCUGAGACUACAUUAUAUGUGGAUGAUUUGGACAAUUUACUUGAUGAUUUUAUGGUCUCUCUUAAUACCGAGGUUGAUGAUGGUAGCAUUGAGGAGAUAUCGGAUAAGUUAAUGAUAAUGCAUGAAGAAUAUUUGGAAGGUAACUUUGUCUCGAUUGAACGACUAAGGCAAUCGACUCCAGCUGCUAAUCAUCGCAUACAGGUUGUGAAUGGUGGUGAAGAUUCAACAUCAAGUUCAGAGGACGAGUCGAUGGAGAUGGCAGAAGAACGUGAUAUAUGAAUGAUGGAGAAAA